AUUCACCCCAAACCGAGGUCUCCAGCAACACCCACCGCGCGAAUGGUCACCCGAUCGACCUGAGGUGUGCAACAAGACACCUGCCUACCGAGGACCUAAAUCAACCAUUCUGGUACCUUGCCGAGCUACCUGACGUGCUCCCGGCCUCUCCUUCACCUCACUCCUGCUCAGGCUCUCGCGCCUUCCUCAGAUUGAGGCCGAUGCGCCGGCGGACGAUGAUGCUGUACCGGCUGGCGGCACUUCUCCUUCAACGACAAGCCCGUCGAUAACGAGUUCCCGCAGCCUGACAUAUUCCUCACCCGCGAGACCUCUGCGUCGCAAAUGGCGCCGACGGCCUCGCCCUCAGCAUCCAGAACGAUGCCCAUCUACAGCCUCGGCGCGCAGGCCGCGCUGUUGAAAGCCGUCAACCGGGUAUUCGACUUAGACCGAACAGCCGAGUCUCUCGACGAGCUCAAUAAUGGCUCCAUCCUCGCACACAUCCUCCACGAGCUCGACUCGGAGUUCGAUCCUUCCCAUCUCGAAUCCAGCCAGGGUGCCUCCAAGUACCUGACCAACAAGCGCAACAUCCAGGCUGUGUAUAAGGGCCUAUUUCGAUUCAUUCGCCGUCAGGUUCCAGAACUGGGCUGUCAGGCGAAGAAGUUCGACUACCAUGCGGUGGCCGAGAACCCCGACGCACAGGGCAUCAGCCAGCUUCUCGCCGUUAUGGUCUCGGCAGCCGCCAUGGGACCUGACAAUGCAAAGUAUGUGCCUAGGAUACAGAACGGCCUAGAUCGCGAAAACCAGGCCGAGAUCAUGCAGAUCAUUCGCGCCAUGCAGCAGGAUAUUGCCAGUUACAAGGAUGAUGAUGACCUUGACGAGGCUAUUGAUGCUGUGAUGGAGGCCCGAGAUAUUGACCUACUUGUGGAGGAGCAGAACGCGGCUCUUCGCCAACAGCUCGAUGGCACCAAGAAGACGCUAUCUGACUAUAUAACUCGGCUGGAACACCUCCAGCAGAGCCACGAAGAGCUCAAGUACGAGAAGGAGAAGAAUGAUCGCGAGCUCGAGAUUCUUCGCAAGGCCACUCAGGAAGGAGCCAAUAGCGCGGAGGCCAUCAAGCUUCUCGAAGCACAGGUACAUGAACAGAUGGAAAUCAUUGCCAGAAACGAGGAGACCAUACGAAACCACGACAGGAUCAAGGCCCAGCUAGAGACCGAGGUGCAGCGCCUGAGCCAAAAGAGCAUGCAAGCAGACGAGCUCCGGGACCAGGUUACCGAGUGGAAGCACAAGGCCGACGAGCUUGAAAAGAAGGCCAACACCGCCGAGCGCUACAAGCAAAAACUGGAGGCGCAGCAGGGCCUGGUAAAGGAAGUGCAGAAUCUUCAGUACGAGCGAGCCGAGCUUCAGGAGCAGUUGCGGUCUCUCGUGAGCGACAGGGAGAGGGGGGAACGUACGAGAAAGGCCGAGGAUGAGCUGACCAAGAUGAUCACCCAGUCAGAGCAACACCUAUGGGACGAGCGGAACCAGAAGAAUCAGCUCAUCAAAGACGUUUCGGCUCUCGAGGAAGAGUUGGUGCGCUUAAAGGCACAACGAACUCAUGACGAGCACUUCAUCCAGGACUUGCAAGAGCAGUUGCAACAAAGUGGCGCCGCCGAGGGUCAAGGCGAUGGCCUCAGUUCUGGUUCAGGGACGUUCAAUCUGGAAGACGAGCUCAACGCGGCCGGCGAUGAGGGGCAGACUAACGUGCCAUUGGAGUUAUCGAGACUCAAAGCCGAGAAUGAGCUGCUCCGCAAGACAUUUGGUUCGACCGGGGAUGCUGCGCUACUCCGACGCGAGUUGGAGGAACAAAGACGCCAACGGGACAGACUUCAACAAAACUUCAACGAAAUAUUCGAAAAGCACAUUGUCACUCAGGAGCAAAUCAAGGUGUUGAUGACCGAUGCGACAGGCGAAGGCUCACAAGCUUUCAUCAAGCUGCGGGCACAGCUCGUACAUGCUGAGUCAAGAUUUGAAGAGACAGACAAGCGCUCCGCCGAUCUGCAGACAAAACUUGCCGACAUAGAACGUGAGCUCAUCAGCGCAAGAGCUCAAUUAUCGGCCGCAGAAAAGGGAGGGUCUGCGGCUAUUGACGAGCUGAAAAGCACCGACAAACUCAUAUCCGAGUCGCUUAAGGCGGAACUAGACCGACUGCGAGAGGAGUUCAGCUUGGUAGUGAGCGAGAGGGACGCACAAAAGUCACAGCUGAUCGAAGCACUCCUGGCAAAAGACAAGCUGCGCAAGGAAGUCGAGGAAGGCAGAGAGCUGCACGACACCCCUGCGCUUCCCACGGAUCAUGUCGAUUCGGACAUGUCGGAGGCUGCCAAGAAGUCUAGCGAGAAGAUUGAGAAGCUCCGAGCCCGUCUCAAGGAGCGCAAGCUGCAACUCGAGCAAUCGGAACAGGAGAAGCUCGACCUGCAGCACAAAUUGAAGGCGGCUCAGGGAAGUCAUGGCUCUGCCGCGCAGAAGGCUGCGACCGAUCAGGUCAUCAAAAACCUGCAAAGAGAGAAUGCGUUGAUGGCCACAGCCUGGUACGACCUCACCAGCCGGCUACAAAGCAACCAUGUCGUACUGCAACGAAGGCACGAUGCGCCGCGGAGCUGGCUGAACAAGCAGAGGCAGAUGGUCAAUGCGACCCCGAGGAGAUAGGAUCUCACGGGUUAAGCUCUGCCCGUCCCGCCCGGCCCCGGCAGACGAGAUGGCGCAUCCUGCCUGGGGCCAGCAGACUGCACAUCCAUAGGGGUGCCUACAAUACGUACCUUACCUGUGAUACAUUUAUCCUUCCUC